AUGAUGAAACCUUCCACGGCAGAGACGCUUCAUAAAGGAAGGAUGUUGUGGAUAAUUCUUCUAAGCACAAUUGCUCUAGCAUGGACUACACCAAUUCCCUUGAUAGAGGACUCGGAGGAACUCGAUGAGCCCUGCUUUGAUCCAUGUUACUGUGAAGUGAAGGAGAGCCUUUUCCAUAUACAUUGUGACAACAAAGGAUUUAUAAAUAUUAGUCAGAUAACAGAGUCGUGGUCGAGACCUUUUAAACUUUAUCUGCAGAGGAAUUCCAUGAGGAAAUUGUACACCAACAGUUUUCUUCACUUGAACAAUGCUGUGUCUAUUAACCUUGGGAACAAUGCACUGCAGGACAUUCAGACGGGGGCUUUUAACGGGCUCCGAGUUCUGAAGAGGUUGUAUUUGCACGAAAACAAAUUGGACAUUUUCCGAAACGACACUUUCCUGGGUUUGGAAAGUCUGGAAUAUCUGCAGGCAGAUUACAAUGUCAUUAAGCGGAUUGAAAGCGGGGCGUUUCGAAACCUGAGUAAAUUGAGGGUCCUUAUCCUAAAUGACAAUCUUAUCCCCAUGCUUCCCACCAACUUAUUUAAGUCCGUGUCCUUAACCCACUUGGACUUGCGCGGGAACCGGCUAAAAGUCCUUUCGUACCGCGGGAUGUUGGACCAUAUUGGCAGGAGCCUGAUGGAGAUCCAGCUGGAGGAGAACCCGUGGAACUGCACGUGUGAGAUCGUGCAGCUGAAGAGCUGGCUGGAGCGCAUCCCCUACACCGCCCUGGUGGGGGACAUCACCUGCGAGACCCCCUUCCACUUCCACGGGAAGGACCUGCGGGAAAUCAAAAGAAGUAAGCUCUGUCCCAUGCUGUCCGACUCCGAGGUGGAAGCCAGCCUGGGCAUCCCUCAGCUGUCGUCCAGCAAGGAGAACGCGUGGCCUACGAAGCCUUCCUCCAUGCUGUCCUCCUUCCAUUUCACCGCUUCCUCUGUUGAGUACAAAACGUCCAAUAAGCAGCCCAAACCCACCAAGCAGCCCAGGGCGCCCCGGCCUCCCCCGACAUCCCGCGGGCUGUACCCCGGGCCCAACCAACCGCCCGUGGCUGCCUACCAGACCCGGCCCCCCAUCCCCAUCAUCUGCCCCACCGGGUGCUCUUGCAGUUUGCACAUCAACGACCUGGGCCUGACGGUCAACUGCAAGGAGCGAGGGUUUCACAACAUCUCCGAGCUCCUGCCCAGGCCCUUGAACGCCAAGAAGCUGUACCUGAGCGGGAAUUUGAUCCAGAAAAUCUACCGCUCCGAUUUCUGGAAUUUUUCCUCCUUGGAUCUCUUACACCUGGGGAACAACCGCAUCUCCUACGUGCAGGACGGGGCUUUUAUCAACCUGCCGAAUCUCAAGAGCCUGUACCUGAACGGCAACGACAUCGAGCGGCUCACCCCGGGCAUGUUCCGGGGCCUGCAGAGUUUGCAUUACCUGUACUUCGAGUACAACCUGAUCAGGGAAAUCCAGCCGGCGGCCUUCAGCCUCAUGCCCAACCUGAAGCUGCUCUUCCUCAACGACAACUUGCUCCGCACCCUGCCCACCGACGCCUUCGCCGGCACCUCCCUGGCCCGCCUCAACCUGCGCAACAACCACUUCUUGGCGCUGCCGGUGGCCGGGGUGCUGGAGCACCUCCACGCCAUCGUCCAGAUCGACCUGAAGCUCAACCCUUGGGACUGCACCUGCGAGCUGGUGCCGCUCAAGCAGUGGCUGGAGGCGCUCAGCUCCGUCAGCGUGGUGGGCGAGGUGCUGUGCGCCAGCCCCGAGCGCCUGGCCCGCCGCGACCUGCGCGCCCUGGAGCUGGCGGCCCUCUGCCCCGCCGCCCUGCGCCCCGCCGCCGCCGCCGCCGCCGCCGCCUCGCCCCCCGCCGCCCCUCCGCCGCCCUCCGCCACCGGCGCGGCCGCCUACGAGCUGCCGCCGGCCGCCGCCGCCGUGCCGCUCUCCGUCCUCAUCCUCAGCCUCCUCGUCCUCUUCUUCUCCGCCGUGCUGGUCGCCGCCGGGCUCUUCGCCUUCGUGCUGCGCCGUCGCCGGCGGAAGCUGCCCUUCCGCGGCCCGCGGGCGGAGGCGGCCGACCUGGGCGGCGUGCCGCUGCGCUGCCCGCGGCUCUUCGAGGAGGGCGGCGGCGGCGGCGGCCCCGGUGGCGGCGGCGGGGGGGAGCGCUCCCCGGAGAAGGCGCCCCCGGCGGGCCACGUCUACGACUACAUCCCGCACCCGGUGACCCAGAUGUGCAACAACCCCAUCUACAAGCCGCGGGAGGAGGAGGAGGCGGCGGGCGGCGGCGGCGGCGGGGAGGCGGCGGAGCUGCUGCGGGGCGGCGGCGAGCGCUUCGCCCACGCCGCCGCCGCCGCCGCCGCCGCCGCGCAGGAGCCGGGCACCAACUACCGCACCUUGCUGGAGAAGGAGCAGGAGUGGAGCCUGGCCGUGUCCAGCUCGCAGCUCAACACCAUCGUCGCCGUCCACCCUCAGCACCCCGCGGGCGGCGGGCUGGCGGCGGGCGGCGGCGGGCUCGGGGGGGCGGCGGCGGCGGCGGCGGCGGCGGCGGGAGCCCCGCGGGACCGCGACCGCCCGCCGCCCUGCGCCGUGGGCUUCGUGGACUGCCUGUACGGCACCGUGCCCAAGCUGAAGGAACUGCACGUCCACCCCCCUGGCAUGCAAUACCCGGACCUCCAGCAGGACGCCAGGCUCAAAGAAACCCUUCUCUUCGCGGCCGGCAAGGGCUUCUCAGACCACCAAACCCCCACAAGCGAAUACCUCGAGUUAAGGGCCAAACUCCAAACCAAGCCGGAUUACCUCGAAGUCCUGGAGAAGACCACGUACCGGUUCUGA